AUGUAGACUGCUUCUACAAACAUCUGUGAAAGAAUGGGUCGCUCUCAGAAGCUCAGUGAAAUCAAGCGUGGUACUGUGAUAGGUUGCCACCUGUGUAAUAAGUCCAUCCGUGAAAUUUCCUUGGUACUAAAUAUUCCAUAGUCAACCGUUAAUACUAUUAUAACAAAGUGGAAGCAACUGGGAACAACAGCAACUCAGCCACCAAGUGGUAGGCCCCCCGUAAAAUGACAGAGCAGGGGUCAGUGCAUGCUGAAGCGCACAGUGCACAGAAGUCGCCAACUGUCUGCAGAGUCAAUAGCUAAAGACCUCCAAACUUUGUGUGGCCUUCAGAUUAGUGCAACAAUGCAUAGAGAGCUUCAUGGAAUGGGUUUACAUGGCAAAGCAGCUGCAUUCAAGCCUUACAUCACCAAGUGCAAUGCAAAGCACCUGAUGCAGUGG